UUGAUUGUGAAGCAGAGAAAAUAAAAUUCAAUUUGACACUAGGUGUAGUUCCUCUGUAGAGGAUUAGACCUUCUUACACAAGUUGUCACUCGGUUGUAAAAAUUAAACCUUUACGCUACCAUCUGCCAUUUGAGUCAGUAAUCAAAUAAAAACCAAAUCGACGUCAAAAAUCUGCUAAAUUGUGCGUGUAGGAAUAAAAUGUAGUGAUUUCUGUUAAAUUAUGGUAUUUUAAUAUUAUAAUAUUUAGGCAAUGGAUGAGUAAUUACAUUGAGUCCAAAAUAUGAGAGAUAAAAUACUUUUGUAGUGGUGUUAUUUGAAAAUGAACAAGUUAUUUUUGGGAAUGGAUCGGAGUACCGUCCGACAAUCUACAAUGUUUGGAGAGCGGCCGAAGUUCCUAAAGCUGUAUUUAACGGAUGCGUGCGCAUUGCUGAGGAGAGUGGGCUUUUGUAAGCGGCAGAGCAACGAAGGAGAAAAGCCUUCUCCUACGCAGAAUGUAAAGCUAGAAAGAAGACAUUACGAGCCAGAACAUAUUUGUCCAGUGGAAUGUCUUACUAAGUCACUUAUCUUUAUUGUCGUAACUGUAUUUAUAAUGUAUAUGCCACUUGGCGAUGUGCACGGGUACUGCGAGAAGACCACUUGCGGCCGUAGGACAACCACCACUACUGCUGCCUAUCUGACGACCACCCACACGACCAAUAACCACGUCGCUGUUUGCUGUCUGUGUGACAUGUAUAAGAUGAUGGUCAAAGGUGCUCGUCUGGCUGUGCACGCUGUUGAACUGUUGGUGUAUGUAUUGUUGGACAUCCUCUACGAAGCCAAGUUAAAGUUCUAUUCAUUGUUGGAGUCGUUGGAUAGACAAGAUUUGUGCCGCUCAGUUUGUUGUAGAGACGAUGAAGCACCAAAAACAAAUGGUGUUACGGAAAAACGUUCUAAUUGUAGAUGUAGCAAGAGCAAGAUGUGUAAAUACAAGACCUGAUGCGGUGACAGACAAAACUACAAGUGAUGUUUACCAUUGUUGUGUUUUGAUUACAUUAUAUUGACUGUUUCGAAGAA